UACUUAUUAGAUGUUAUGUAUUGAAAGAUAACAAAUCAAUGAAUAAUAGAAUCCAAACUCAUAUUUCUGCAGUUCUUCGAAGGAGCGCUGUAUAAGAUGGAAAAAGAAACAUCUUCAAGAACGUUCAAUAGUGGAAAUAGCACCACAAAUAAUACGACGGGACGCAUCAAGAAAGUAAAAUUCUCCAGCGAAAAUAUUACCUUUGGGACAGAAGUUUGUGAUAGUCUAAGGGACUGUUGCCUAGAGAGCGAUCACGCAGAUAAUCAUCAUCUUCAGCAAUAUCAUCUCAAUAAGAGCAAUAACAACAAUAAUAAAAUCGAGGAUAUGAGCAGCGCUGUAGUAGCAGAAAAAAAUGACAGACCGAGCUUUUUGGUAGGCUUGUUUCAUAGAAUUUUUAGUGGCUCUAAUUUAGAAGAGGUGGGCGAUGAUAUUGAUAUUGAUAUUCCAUCCAACAAUCCUCAUGAAUCGGGAGAAUCAAAUGAUGAAUUCAUACAAAACACGAGCACAGACACCGGCGAUGUAGCAGACAAACGUACUCGUUUAAGGCCCAGUAUGUCAAGGGGCGCCGGCCUCAGUCAAGAUCGUUUGCUCGACCGUGAUUUUCAUAUAGCUACACCUGAAGAAUUUGUUAAGAAAUUUGGUGGUAUACGCGUUAUAAAUCGUAUCCUAAUAGCCAAUAAUGGCAUUGCAGCAGUCAAGUGUAUGCGUUCAAUACGCCGUUGGUCAUACGAAAUGUUCAAAAAUGAGAGGGCUAUACGUUUUGUAGUCAUGGUAACGCCGGAAGAUUUGAAGGCGAACGCUGAGUACAUAAAAAUGGCCGAUCAUUACGUCCCUGUCCCUGGAGGAUCUAAUAAUAAUAACUAUGCAAAUGUUGAGCUGAUUGUUGACAUAGCUUUGCGUACACAAGUUCAGGCUGUUUGGGCUGGCUGGGGUCACGCUUCAGAAAAUCCGAAAUUGCCUGAGUUAUUGCAUAAACAAAAUUUAGUUUUUUUAGGCCCACCAGAACGUGCCAUGUGGGCCUUGGGCGAUAAAGUAGCCUCUUCAAUUGUAGCACAAACAGCUGACAUUCCUACUUUGCCUUGGUCUGGAUCCGAAUUAAAAGCUCACUACAGUGGCAAAAAAAUUAAAAUAUCCAGUGAUUUGUUUGCACGCGGUUGUGUAAGUAAUGCUGAACAAGGCCUGGCUGCCGCCCAUAAAAUUGGAUUUCCUGUCAUGAUUAAAGCUUCAGAAGGCGGAGGUGGCAAAGGUAUACGUCGUGUGGAUACGUCUGAGGACUUUCCUGCUCUCUUUCGGCAAGUUCAAGCCGAAGUACCCGGUUCACCUAUAUUUGUAAUGAAGUUGGCGCGUGGUGCUCGACAUUUGGAAGUACAACUUUUGGCUGAUCAGUACGGCAAUGCUAUCAGUUUAUUCGGUCGCGAUUGUUCAAUCCAGCGACGCCAUCAAAAGAUUAUUGAAGAAGCCCCUGCUAUAGUCGCCAAACCGGAGGUUUUUGAAAACAUGGAGAAGGCUGCAGUACGCUUAGCUAAAAUGGUGGGGUAUGUUAGCGCCGGUACAGUAGAAUAUCUCUACGACAGUGAAGGUCAAUACUUUUUUCUUGAAUUAAAUCCUCGUCUGCAAGUCGAACAUCCAUGUACAGAAAUGGUGGCUGACGUUAAUUUGCCCGCCUGCCAACUACAAAUUGGUAUGGGAAUUCCUUUGUAUCGGCUCAAGGAUAUACGUCUGCUUUAUGGAGAAUCCCCCUGGGGCACUUCUGUUAUUGAUUUCGAAAAUCCUUCUCAUAAACCAAGACCAUCAGGCCACGUUAUCGCUGCUCGUAUAACUUCUGAAAAUCCUGACGAGGGCUUUAAGCCGAGUUCAGGUACCGUGCAGGAACUGAAUUUUCGCUCCAGUAAAAACGUAUGGGGUUAUUUUAGCGUGGCUGCUUCUGGAGGGUUGCAUGAAUUUGCAGACUCCCAAUUUGGUCAUUGCUUUUCAUGGGGCGAAAAUCGUCAACAGGCUCGCGAGAAUUUGGUGAUUGCGCUUAAAGAGCUUUCCAUACGCGGUGAUUUUCGUACUACUGUAGAAUAUUUAAUCACUUUGUUGGAAACAAAUAGCUUUCUAGACAAUUCUAUUGAUACUGCCUGGUUAGAUGCCUUAAUAGCCGAGCGCGUGCAAUCAGAAAAACCAGAUAUUCUGUUAGGCGUUAUGUGCGGAGCUUUGCAUAUAGCAGAUCGCCACAUCACCGAGGCCUUUUCCAGUUUUCAAAAUUCUUUGGAAAGAGGACAGAUUCAAGCUGCCAACACUUUGACCAAUGUUCUCGACGUAGAGCUAAUUAAUGACGGCAUACGCUAUAAAGUGCAGGCCGCAAAAAGUGGUCUAAACUCUUACUUUUUACUCCUGAAUAGUUCCUUUAAAGUGAUUGAAGUCCAUCGCCUCUCGGAUGGAGGUCUGCUACUCUCGCUCGAUGGCGCCUCUUACACUACUUACAUGAAAGAAGAGGUGGAUCGUUAUCGCAUAGUUAUUGGGAACCAAACAUGUGUUUUUGAAAAAGAAAAUGAUCCCUCUCUGCUACGUAGUCCUUCAGCUGGUAAAAUUAUUAAUCUUUUGGUAGAAGAUGGGGCCCAUGUCAAUAAAGGUCAGGCUUACGCUGAAAUUGAAGUUAUGAAAAUGGUAAUGACUCUCACUUCGCAAGAAUGUGGUACUGUCUCCUUCCUAAGACGAGCGGGGGCUGUAGUAGAGGCUGGUUCUUUAUUGGGCCAUCUAGAAUUAGAUGAUCCUUCUUUGGUUACGAAAGCUCAACCCUAUAGAGGUCAAUUUCUACAGCCUGAAAAUACUCCUGUGCCUGAAAAGCUCAAUCAUAUUCAUAACACUUACAAAGCGAUAUUGGAAAAUACUUUGGCCGGUUAUUGUUUACCCGAACCAUAUAAUGCCCAACGUUUAAGAGAUGUUAUAGAAAAGUUCAUGCAGAGUUUACGUGACCCCUCAUUACCUCUUUUGGAGUUGCAGGAAGUAAUAGCUUCCAUUUCUGGACGUAUUCCUAUUUCAGUGGAGAAGAAGAUACGUAAAUUGAUGACCCUCUACGAACGUAAUAUAACCAGUGUUUUGGCUCAAUUUCCCUCGCAGCAGAUAGCCAGUGUUAUUGAUUCUCACGCCGCUACCUUGCAGAAACGUGCAGAUCGCGAUGUGUUCUUCCUCACCACACAAAGUAUAGUUCAGUUGGUACAAAGAUAUCGAAACGGCACACGAGGGCGUAUGAAAGCCGCUGUUCAUGAAUUGUUGCGUCAAUAUUAUGAUGUGGAGUCACAGUUCCAACACGGCCAUUACGAUAAAUGUGUGGGCUUAAUUCGUGAAAGAAACAAAGAUGACAUGCAAACUGUUGUCAACACGAUAUUUUCACAUUCUCAGGUAGCAAAAAAAAAUCUUUUAGUAACUCUGCUCAUUGAUCAUUUGUGGUCUAAUGAGCCUGGGUUGACAGACGAAUUAGCUAAUACUCUCAGUGAGCUCACUUCCCUCAACCGCGCUGAACAUUCACGAGUUGCUUUACGUUCACGACAAGUAUUAAUUGCUGCCCAUCAGCCAGCUUACGAAUUGAGACACAAUCAAAUGGAAUCUAUUUUCUUAUCUGCUGUGGAUAUGUAUGGCCACGACUUUCAUCCUGAGAAUUUGCAACGUCUUAUUUUAUCGGAGACUUCUAUCUUUGAUAUACUUCAUGAUUUUUUUUACCAUUCCAAUCGAGCCGUUUGCAACGCCGCCUUAGAGGUGUACGUAAGGCGGGCGUAUACUUCUUAUGAGCUCACUUGUUUGCAACAUUUGGAAUUAUCCGGUGGCUUACCAUUAGUACAUUUCCAAUUUCUGUUACCAACCGCUCAUCCUAAUAGACUAUUCCUGCGCAUGGCUCAAGAAGGCUCCGAUCAACCGUCCGACAGUUCCCCUACAUCAUUUAUUCGAACGGGCUGUAUGUCGGCCUUUGAUUCUUUUGAACAUUUCGAAAUUAAUUCUGACGAGAUUUUGGAUUUGCUAGAAGAUUUGGCGUCGCCUGCUAUGGUUAAUGCCAAGGUUUUGGAAGCAGUUGAAGCAGUCGACUCAAUCUCUGAUGGGCGUUUAAGCACAUCUAUAAAUGUGUCUUUGUCGGACCCUAUAACGCGAGCUAACGCUGCUGAAGAAGCUAAGUCCACUGAACCCAUACACAUAAUCAGUGUCGCUGUGCGAGAGACGGGAGACAUGGAUGACAUGCAAAUGUCGCAAAUUUUUGGUAACUACUGUAAAGCGCAUCUCGAUGAAUUAUACCAAAGACGUAUACGACGUAUAACUUUUGCAGCCUUGAAAAAGCGCCAAUUUCCGAAAUUUUUUACCUAUCGAGCUCGGGAUAAUUUCGAAGAGGAUCGCAUUUAUCGUCACCUAGAACCAGCAUGUGCAUUCCAGUUGGAAUUGAAUCGCAUGAAAACUUAUGAACUCGAAGCGCUACCCACUGCCAAUCAGAAAAUGCAUUUGUAUCUUGGCAAAGCCAAGGUAUCCAAAGGCCAGGAAGUCACGGACUACCGAUUCUUUAUACGAUCAAUUAUACGACAUUCAGAUUUAAUAACCAAAGAGGCUUCAUUCGAGUACCUACAAAAUGAGGGUGAACGCGUUUUAUUGGAGGCUAUGGACGAAUUGGAAGUAGCUUUUUCUCACCCUCAUGCCAAGCGUACUGAUUGUAAUCAUAUAUUUUUGAAUUUUGUACCAACUGUUAUUAUGGAUCCGACCAAAAUCAAAGAAUCAGUUACGAAAAUGAUUAUGCGUUAUGGACCACGUUUGUUGAAAUUACGUGUUCUGCAAGCCGAACUGAAAAUGGUCAUACGUCAGUCAACCCAGUCACCCACGCAAGCAGUGCGUCUUUGCAUAGCAAACGAUUCCGGUUAUUUCUUGGAUAUAUCUAUGUACACCGAGGUCACUGACGCCGAUACUGGUGUGAUUAAAUUUAAGGCUUAUGGUGAAGAGCAGGGGUCUUUACAUGGCCUGCCUAUUUCAACUCCUUAUGUCACUAAAGAUUUUUUACAGCAGAAACGAUUCCAAGCUCAAAGUAAUGGUACUACUUACGUGUACGACAUACCCGACAUGUUUCGUCAAAUGACAGAACGCCAUUGGAAGCAGUUCUCUAAAGCACGGCCCACUGUCGAUGUGCGUAUACCAGAGAAGGUGUUGUUGGAAUGUGUGGAACUUGUUCUCGAUGGUGAUAGUCUAAUUGAAAUGAAACGUUUACCGGGUGAGAACACGGUGGCUAUGGUAGCCUGGCGUAUAGUCUUGGCUACACCAGAAUAUCCCGAAGGCCGUGAGAUUAUUAUGAUAGCCAACGAUUUGACGUAUUUCAUAGGUUCUUUCGGCAUACAGGAAGAUAUUCUUUUUCACAGAGCGUCAGAGCUGGCAAGAGCCAGAAAGGUGCCUAGAAUAUAUAUUUCGGCUAACAGUGGAGCCCGCAUUGGUUUAGCAGAAGAAGUAAAAUCUUUGUUCAGAGUGGCUUGGGAAGAUCCUGAAGAACCAGAUAAGGGUUUUAAAUAUCUAUAUCUUUCCACAGAGGAUUAUGCAAAGGUGGCAAACCAAAAUUCCAUACGAGCUAUACUCAUCGAAGAUGAAGGCGAACCACGUUAUAAAAUCACUGAUAUCAUUGGUAAAGACGAUAGUUUAGGGGUAGAAAAUCUACGUUAUGCUGGCCUUAUAGCUGGAGAAACUUCUAAAGCUUACGAAGAUAUUGUUACCAUUUCAAUGGUAACUUGUCGUGCGAUUGGUAUUGGUGCGUACGUUGUCCGUUUGAGCCAACGCGUGAUACAGAUAGAAAACUCUCAUAUUAUUCUAACGGGAUAUGCGGCUCUCAACAAGUUGCUUGGUCGAAAAGUGUAUGCUUCGAAUAAUCAAUUAGGUGGUGUCCAAAUUAUGUAUAAUAACGGUGUAUCGCAUAAGACAGAACCUUAUGAUUUAGAGGGUGUUUAUACUAUUCUGGAUUGGUUAUCAUAUAUGCCGGCAUACAUUGGAUGUGGUUUGCCAAUCGUUCAGCCUAAUGACCGUAUAGAUCGACCUGUAGAUUUUAUACCUACCAAGUCGCCUUAUGAUCCGCGUUGGAUGUUGGGUGGAAGAAUUAAUCCGGCAAAUUCUAAUGAGUGGGAAAAUGGUUUCUUUGAUCGCAAUAGUUGGAGUGAAAUUAUGGCACCUUGGGCUAAAACUGUAGUCACUGGUCGAGCACGAUUGGGCGGCAUACCCUGUGGGGUAAUUGCGGUCGAAACUCGCACUGUUGAACUUGAAAUGCCUGCUGAUCCGGCCAAUCUAGAUUCGGAAGCUAAAACCUUACAACAAGCUGGCCAAGUAUGGUAUCCAGAUUCUUCUUUUAAAACUGCUCAGGCCAUUAAAGAUUUCAAUCGUGAAGGUUUGCCUUUAAUCAUCUUUGCCAAUUGGCGUGGUUUCUCUGGUGGCAUGAAAGAUAUGUAUGAACAAAUUGUUAAAUUUGGAGCCUAUAUCGUAGACGGUUUAAGGGAAUAUAACAAGCCAGUUUUAAUUUAUUUGCCGCCAAAUUCUGAAUUGCGAGGCGGGGCUUGGGCUGUCUUGGACCCUCUUAUUAAUCCACGUUAUAUGGAAUCUUAUGCAGAUCCAGAGGCUAGAGGGGGUGUUUUAGAGCCCGAGGGCAUUGUAGAGAUUAAAUUUAAGGAGAAAGAUUUAAUCAAAACAAUACAUCGCUUAGAUCCUACCACAAUAACGUUGAAAAAAGAAAUGGACGAAUUGUUGACCAAGGGCGACAAAGCGAAAGUCGUUUUGCUAGAGAAUAGGAUUAAAGAACGAAUUGCCGCUUUGAUGCAUGUCUAUCACACAGUAGCCGUACACUUUGCUGAUUUACAUGAUACUCCAGAACGGAUGAUGGAAAAAGACUGCAUCAGUGGAAUUGUGCCUUGGCGGGAAUCACGUCUUUGGAUAUAUUGGCGUUUGCGACGUCUCAUAUUAGAAGACUCGUAUAUUAAGAAGAUUCUCAAAACCCAGGAAAAUCUUUCAGUGGGUCAAGCUAAACAAAUGUUGCGACGUUGGUUAGUAGAAGAUAAAGGAGCUUCGGAGUCCUAUAUCUGGGAUAAAAACGAAGAUAUGGUUCAUUGGUAUCUGGAACAAGAAAAAUCCGACUCCGUAGUCCUGCGUAAUAUAAAUGCAGUGCGUAAAGAUGCUAUUAUUUCAUCAAUAACCAAAAUGUUAGAGGAUUAUCCUGAAGUUACUUUAGAUACUGUAGUCGCCUUGUGUCAAGGCCUUACCUCAGUCAACCGUGGUGUUGUUGUACGCACCUUAACACAAAUGCAAUUAAAUGAGGAAACUUCAGCAGCCUCCAGUACAAAUGCAACUCAAGGAUGAUAUCAGCAUUAUUUGUAGUUACAAAAUUCGAAGCUAAGUCAAUGCUUAAUACAGCGAAGUCAACUUUUCGAAACUAAUAUUUUUAAAAAUACCCCCGGCAUUUUCAUAUUAAUAUCCUAUCGACCGAUUUUAGUUUUAAUUAUAUUUCCUGGUCCUUAGUGCUAUUGAUAACGUUACCAUUAUUAUCAUUAGUUCAAUAGAGAUGUUAGUUUACAUUCUCAGAAUAAUUUUUAACAAGAGUAUGCGACCUUCCUUUCUUUUUCUCUUUUCUAAUUGUUUGGUCUCUUUGCUUGGCUCGUUGAGACUUGGAAUUAAUUUAGAAUUUACAUUUUUCAUUUGUAAUAUCGAAUAAUAUGAACGCUCAGCUUAUUUCGUCCAACAGAAGUUUUCCAUUUCGUUAUUAAUUAUUUUAUUUACUAAUUUAAAAAAUGAAAGAAUUAUAAAGUGUUGAACAAUUCUCCAUUAAUUAUAAGAUUUUCGUAAUAAAGUGUUCACCCAUUAAUUAUAA